AUGGGCCCAUUUUUCUCCGAGUACCUCAGAGAGAAGCACAGCCCGUACAUCGUCCUCAAUGGAACGCGGGGCCGAGUCGUGGUCGGGAAGGGGGCGGUGACGGGUGAUGCUGCGGAUAAGAUCCAUCCGAUGGAGGACAACCCGGAUUACAUUCACUUCAUUCAGACCAUGUGGGUAGAGGACCAAGCAGGCAACGUGGUGUCCAUGCGGCACCUGUCGCCAGCUGAGCCGGCGCCCGCCACGAUGUAUUUCGACAUCCCCGAUGGCGCGACGAGCCUGCGUGCCUUCGAACUCUGCAACCUCCACGGGCUCUGGCGAAGCGCUGUGGUUGCCGUGGGCGCCGGGGCGGCGGCGCCUGGCGCGACAGGCGGCUGCAGGCUCCGGCACUGCGAGGAGGGGACAUCGGUCUCCGCGUGCCAGGCCUUCACAGGGGAGCUGCAGCGUCGCGAGAACUUCCAGCCUAAGACUGAUCCCACAGGCAAGCACAGCCCUUACUUGCUGCUGGACGGCACCACCGCCACCAUCGUGGUGGGCAUCGGGGCCACACCGGGACAUGAAGGCGGUCUCAUUCACCCCAUGAGCCCUUCCGACGACAAAGACGUGGUGCACUGGAUCUCCCACGUCUACGCCGUGGACGACUUGGGAAACCUUGUGGCGCUCUGUGAACUGCUGCCCACAGAUCCAGCGCCGGCGACUUGCGUCUUCCAGGUGCCGGAAGGUAUCGGCUUCCUCAGGCCUUAUGAGUUCUGCAACGUGCACGGCUUGUACAUCGGCGACUUGGUGCAGGUCUCUAGUGGAAACUCCAGCGCGCAGCGGCAGUGCUUCAAGAGGGAGUGCUCUGCCAGCCAACCAUCCUUGGGCCCGACAGCCCCACGAAGCGCAGCGGUAGAGGCACUGAUACAGCAGCAGCAGGAAGCGGGCGACAGGAUCUCGUCGAUGAACAUGUGCUUACAGCACAUGGCCGUGUACUUCAUCCGGAAGAGCCUAGUGAGUGCGGAGCUGCAAGCAGACGUCAACCGCCUGACGCAGGAGGGCGACGCGGCCAGCGACGUGGCGCGGCGCGUUCAGAUGUUCCCGGACUUGUUCGCGAAGCUCAAUGCCGCGGGUGGCAAGUGGUCAGCUCGCAGUGUCGUCUUCCAGCACACCAUGCAGGAGGCCAAUGGCACGCAGCCGACACUGCGAUUGGAUCUGAUCGAUGAGGCGGCUCUUCAAGGCAAAUGGGCCCUUGGGAUCUUCAUUUUCGCAGGGCGCGCAAGCUACGCCGAAGGCGUCAAUGCAGCCAUCGUCGACGUCGAGGAGCUCCUGCUCAUCCAUGCCAACUUCGCCAUGGAUUGGGGCUACACCCGCCAGAAAGCUCUAGGUCCGCACUAUACCAUAUUCUACUCGCCGGAUUUCGUCGACCAGUCCGUCAACGUGACGCUUUGCGCAAAGACCCACGGCUGGAUGGGGAUCGGAUGGCUCAACCCCGACCGAGAUGGCGGUCCGCUGAUGCAGAACACGGACAUGGUGGCGGAGGUCCAAGAUCGCUUCGCCCGCUGGAUCGCGACUGCUCUGCACGAAGAGGAAGAGCCACUCCGGGACGAGCUGUUGUCUGGACAGCGCACCGACGAUGCAGGGAACCCGCUGAACGGCGCCAACCACCUGGAGCUCAUCCCAGGAGCCUUGGGGAUUUCCGGCCGCGAGUGGUGCCCCGACGAGGUCCUAAGUACCAAGAUCGGCCUCAUCUUCGCCUUCGCUCGGACGGACCCACACGAGCAUCUGGACCAGCACCUCCUGAGCUCCACGGGCUACGUGGACUUGAGCUGGAACCUGGACUGUGCUCCCGGACAAUACUUCGACAUGGCUUCCGCAGCCCCCUGGGCCACAUCUGUUUGUGCUUAG